AUGCCGCUCAUUGAUCUGAAGCACUAUUUUGAAAUGCUCGAAACAGUGACUACCUCGCUAGUCAACUUAUUUCUAAUUUAUCUGACAACUUGCCACAUAAAAAAAAUUGUUGGAACAUAUAAAAAGAUGAUAAUAAUGUUCGCAAUUUUAGGUAUUCUAUUUUCAUGUGUGGGACUAAUUGUGCAACCAUUUGCUCAUAAUUACAAUAGCUGUAUUACAAUGUUUAGCAUGAAUAUUUGGUCAACUUCUGUGUUCUUCAAACAAAUGUUAUUUUCAGUUUUCAAUUGCUUUUAUUUCAUGAUUGUAUGUUUUCUUGCUGUUCAGUUCAUUUAUAGAUACCUCUGCGUAUUUGAUGCUCAGAAAAUUGUAUCUUUAAAUAAUAAAGGAUGUUUCUUGUGGGCACCAUAUCCAGUAGCCGCUUGAGUUUUUUUUUUUGGGGCUUCUUUUAACUUUUUAUGUCCACCCGAUGAUGUUUCCGACAGUUAUAUGAGUAGGAACAUCAUCCUGGAGAAUUACAAUAUAUCAAUUGCUAUCGUUGGACGGUUUUCUGUUAUGUUUUACACGCCAGAGGGAAUUCUUAGAUGGAAAAACUCGUUUAUGCUGCUCGCCACAACAAUUUUUAUUUCUUUCAACUAUGCCAUCAUCUUAUAUUGUGGCAUCAAAAUUCAUUUCAAUAUAAAAGAAAAGCUUGCACUGGCUUCAGCCGAGAAUAAAAAUCUCCAACAGCAACUAUUCGUAGCUCUUGUUGUACAAACAAUUGGUCCGACAAUUCUCUUCGUUUUGCCAGCUGUUCCAUUUGUCUCAGGACCUUUUCUAGCUCCAAAUGUUAAUUUUGAAAUCAAUUUGCAAACCGGUUGGCUUUAUUCAGUUAUGGGCAUGUAUUCCCCAUUUGACAGCAUCGCGUUUUUGUUGAUUGUGACGGAAUAUCGAAAUUUGAUAAAACGACUGUUUCAGCAUCAUUCAUCGCAAAUCGAGCCAGCGUAG